CCGGGUUCUUCCAGGGCGGAAUGGUUGCCUGGGCAACGAAGAAGCUGCGGAGAGGCCUACACAAAACGGGCGGCCUUUCAUGCCUGUUUUGAGUCUCUGCUCUUUGGUUUUUUGUGGCAGUACAAUAACGCUCCGUCUAAACUAUAGAAGGCCAUGGAUAGACAUAUUCCUGUGCAUCCAUUACCUGACGAAAUACAGAAGAUGACCCGGGAUCAGACAGUGUGUAAAUACUGUGGAGUAAGUUAUUUGAUCCUUCAUGAGUUUAAGAUCCUAGAAGAAAAACUAAAAGCGAUGGAAGAGAAAGUGAAGUUUUAUGAGGGAAGUGUUGAACGAGAGAAAAUACUUCAAGAAAAGCUACGGUGCUUAAGUCAAGAUUUUGAACAGUGCACAGCAGCUAGCAACUCAAAAACAGAAAGAAUAAAAACCUUAUCUCUUGAGAUUGAAAGUAAGCAAGACGUAAUAAAAAAUCUAAAUGAACAGUUGGGAUGUCUUCAGAAAGACAAGGACCUUUCACACAGGCAAUCAGAACUGUUACGAAAAACACUGGGACAACAUAUGUGUACCAUAAAAAAAGCCUUUGUAUUCCUUCCUUAUAUCAGAGGAGAGCUAAAUACUAUUAAAGAAAAAAUAUUUGGCUUUUUUGGUCAAUGGAUAGCACUAAAAGGAGAUAUUUUUUUACACCUAAAAACCAUAAAUGUUACUGUACUUGAAGAACUGUCCAGUGUGAACCAAAGGCUAGGUGAAUGCCAGAGGGAAAAUAAGGUCCUCCAGGAGGAGGUGCAACAUUUAACAUUGGUGUCAGAUGCAGCUAAACUGGAAACGGAGCAACUUCAGGCUUCAGUGUUACGGGAGACUGAAUUGCAAAACAGGUGUCAUGAACUGCAAAAGAAAACACAAGUUUUAACAAGUGAAAUAGAGACAAUUGAACUCAAGUUCCAGAAAUCAGUGGAUGAAAUGAGCAAUUACAAAGCACUAUUCAUAAAGAAGUCAAAAGAAGUUGAAGACCAUCAAAGCAAACUCCAGAAACUAGUUUAUGAGAUUGGAACGUCUGAAUCUCGGUUUAAUCAUGCUCUGACAGAACGAGAACAAUCUUUGCUUGCCUGCCAACAAGCAUGCUGCCGUUUACAGGAAGAAAUGAUUGAGAAAGAGCAGAAAGAGGAAGACCUUAAGAAACGAACCAGCCAUUUGGAAAGUGAACUGGAAACAAUUAAGAAUCUUCUCAGGCAGCGAGAGGAAGAAGUGGUAAUGCUUAAGCAAGAAAGGGCAUCUGUGUUGAUUUCCCAUCAGAGCAGAACAGAGCAGCUGCAGGAAACACUGAGGCAGAAGGUGCAGAAUGAAAAGAGCUGGCAGGAAAAGUUUGAAGCUGAAAGAGCAAAAGAACAAGCCCAUCACAAAGACGAGAUUCUGAGACUAACAGAAGAGGCCAAAAUGGAGCUUGACAUUGAGAAACAAAAACAUCAGGAAGUAAUUGCAAAAUAUCAGAAAGAUCAGAAUGAGCUGCUGCAUACCAAGAUACCUCUGUUGAUAUCCAGUGCUACAUAUAACCUGAAGAUGGAAAUUGAUGCACUUGAAAAGAAGCUCCAUGAAUCCCAGGGCAUGCUUACAGAGAAAAACCAAAAUAGAGAAAAAAAAUGGCAAACCCUUAAAAACCGAGUUAUGGCGCUUGAACUCCAGCUGCAAGAAGAACAAAGCACUCAUCAUUCAGUGAUAGAAGACAUGAAAGAAGAAAUAAAAAAGAAAUCUUAUGAGCUGGAAAAACUGACUCGGGAGCAAACACAGUUGAUUCAGAAUAUGAAUGAAGUUCAAGAGGAGAAUGCUCUCCUCCAGGACACAGUGCGCAGGGAGUGUGAGGAACGCUAUGAGCUCACUGAAGCUUUGGCUCAAGCCAAAGAACAAGUCGUUGAAUUAAAGAAACUUGGUGGAAACUUCCCGUUGUCACAGUGUUCUCUCAGUCAGGACAGUCUAGCCUCCUACACCCCAUUGGUCAGCAAUCAUGGGCAAAAAAGCCCCAAAUGUGGGAAAGGAGUAAGACUUUCAGGACUCUGUGAGGUUUCGAGAGCCACUAAUGUGCCAACCUGCAGUGCUAGAUACAAUAGCAGCAGGCACACGACAACUCUGCCUGUACUGCAACCUUCAGGAAGAACCUGUUCUUCUCUAGAUGAAUCCAGGAGGAGGAGGAUCACGGCGGUUAUAAAAAGACAGUUGAGCGAACUUUGAUGGGUUAUGGACAACCUGUCUUAUCAAGAACAGCCACCAAAAACCACUGCACAAGUUAUUCAUCCAUCUCAGUGUGGGACUUUGGGGACAAUAUUACUUGAUCUUACUUUCUGACAAUACAGUAGAUGUUUUUAUUAAGCUUAAAUGUCAUUUUUUAAAAAAAAGCAGACAUUUAAGAUGCAGUCAUGAAUCAGCUUAUUUUUAGGUCUCCAAACUGUGUCUGGGCCUCCCAGCUGGACCACAUCUGACUGUGGAUACAGGUUCGUAUGAUGCAACAUCCCUCCAUACAAAAUAUUCCCUACAUAUAGCAAAAUAGACGGCAAGGGAAAUAUCCUAAUCUCGUCUGGUCCCAGCACGCAGAAAACUGUCAAGGGAAAGGGUAGGCUAAGACUAAGACAUCUGAACCCCCUACCUAUAAACUGAAAUGGUAUAGAUAUACAAUCUCAGUAAGAACUAGGUCUUAUAUGCAGUUAUGUGGGAUACAGUAGACUAAGCAAGGUACUAUAGUCAACACAGCAUUCUACCAUAGUAUUUUCCAGCCUCUAUUGUUAUUUCUAAAAAUAAAAA